AAAGAGAGAAAUAAACCAUUGUUAACUUUACAGGACUCGUGUCUUACAGGGGCCAGGGCAGAGAAAUCCGUGCAAACAUAUUCGGUUAGUCUGCUCUGUAGAGCUGAGUGGAGUUACCUUUCCACACCUGGGAGAGAGGAAGAAGGGACAGUGGGGCAGUGAGAGAGAAGGAUGAGAAGGGAGAGUGAGAGAGAAAGAGAAACUGAAAUCCAGCCCCAGGCUACAUGAUUGAAUGUGUUAUCAGCGCGGCGGAUAUCAAGCGAAGAUUAUUAAUACAGUACACGCAUUGUCCUGACGAGAUCUGCAUUGCUUUGCACUGGACAACCACUCGGCAGCGGCGCGACUCACGCACUUCCAGGCUUUGGACCGACAACAUGCCGUCCUGCGGGUGGUUCCAUCGUGAUCUCAGUGGGAUCGAGGCUGAGGCGCUGCUGAAAUCCCGUGGAAUUCACGGCAGCUUCCUGUGCCGCCCAAGCCGCAAGAACCAGGGAGACUUCUCCCUGUCUGUCAGGGUGGGUGAGAUGGUGACUCACAUUCGGAUCCAGAACACAGGGGAUUUCUACGACCUGUAUGGAGGGGAGAAGUUCGCCACACUGUCGGAGCUUGUGGAGUAUUACACCACGGAGCACGGGACAUUGCAGGACCAGGACGGGACCCUCAUUGAGCUGCGCUUUCCCUUGAACUGCUCUGAGCCCACCUCCGAAAGGUGGUACCAUGGGCACCUGUCUGGCCAGGCUGCUGAGAAGCUGCUGUGGCAAAAGGGAGAGGAGGGCACCUUUCUAGUGAGGGAGAGUCUGAGCAAGCCUGGAGACUUCGUCCUGUCAAUCCUGACCGGAGAGAGCAGGGAGGUGAACGGAGAGCAAAGGAACAGAGUCUCACACGUCAAAAUCAUGUGUCAGGACGGUUGCUACACUGUCGGAGGUGUGGAGCGGUUUGAGAACCUAACUGACCUGGUGGAGCACUUCAAGCAGAGUGGGAUCGAGGAGGUGUCUGGCACCAGGGUCUACCUGAAACAGCCCUACUACUCGACUCGUAUCAACGCUGCGGACAUCGAUAGCCGUGUUCAGGUCCUGACGAAAACGAAUGAUGCCGAUGAGGCGAGCAAGAGCAAGGCGGGAUUCUGGGAGGAGUUCGACGCUCUUCAGAAGCAAGAAGCCAAACUGAAGAAGAGUCGCAACGAGGGGAUGAGACCAGAGAACAAGAGCAAGAACCGCUACAAGAACAUCCUGCCAUUUGAUGAGACCCGUGUUAUCUUGCAGUCAGGUGAUCCCAAUGUCAUCGGCUCUGAUUACAUCAAUGCAAACUACGUCUCGAAUCUGCUGAUGGAGUCAUGUGACAGGAAGAAGUUCAUUGCCUCGCAAGGCUGCCUCGCCACCACGGUUAACGACUUCUGGGAGAUGGUGUGGCAGGAGAGGUCACGUGUCAUCGUCAUGACCACCAGGGAGGUAGAGAAGGGAAGGAAUAAGUGUGUUCGUUACUGGCCGGAGCCAGAGGAUACAAAGGAAUUCGGGUCGUACCUAGUGAGACACGUGAGUGAGCACGAUGCAGUGGACUACACCCUGAGAGUGCUGGAGAUCAGUCCACUGAACCAGAGUGAUGACCAGCGUGAGAUCUGGCAUUACCAGUACCUGAGCUGGCCAGAUCACGGAGUACCCACGGAGCCCGGGGGGGUGCUCAGCUUCCUGGAGCAGGUGAACAGCAAGCAGAGAGAGCUGAGGGGUGCUGGGCCCAUCAUAGUGCACUGCAGUGCUGGAAUAGGACGAACUGGAACCAUUAUAGUGAUUGACAUGGUGAUCAAUACCAUCAACACGAAAGGACUGGACUGCGACAUCGAUAUUCCGAAGUCCAUCCAGAUGGUGCGUGAGCAGCGCUCUGGGCUGGUGCAGACAGAGGCACAGUACAAGUUCAUCUACAUGGCUGUCUCCCAGUACAUCGAGACCACCAAGAGGAAGCUGGAAGAGAUGAAGAAAACAGAGACUGAGUAUGGAAACCUACACUUCCCCAUGGCCCAGCACAGCAAAGCCAGCCGCAAAUUAUCCAAGAAGAAGGAGGAUGUGUAUGAAAACCUGAGUUUGAAGGGAGGGAAGAAGGAGGACAAGGUGAAGAAACAGAAAUCUGAGGAGAAAGACAAAGCCAAGUCUGGAAAGAGUGGUUCUGUGCGCAAGAGAUAAGGUGCUACUGAAUUGAUGAGAACGCUUUGCCAUCGUAAAGUGGAAGAGAGGGGAGAGGGUGUACAAGCCAGACACAUACACACAAACACACAGACGCUCACACACACAGAGCAUUUACACAUUGACUAUGCACAUUUACUUCCCACAAUCCUCUACAUAAAGGUGCAGAGCCCCAUAGUUUUUCUUUCUUUUUCCAAGGGCUGUGUUGAAACGGUUGCUUCUUGUAAGACAAGUGCACAGUGAAGACUCUGAGAAAAACUUCUUGUAGAAAUGCUUGCCCAUUAAUUUGUUACAUUUCUUUUAUUAUUUUAUCUUUUAUCUUUUAUUAAAAACAUCAAACAUGUAAACAAAGAAAAAUACCUAUUUUAAAGGUGUGCAAUGAUGAUGUUGCGAGUGAUGUAGAUCAGGGAUUUAGAGAAGCUGGUUCAGCAAUUAGGGAUCAAGAGCACUGUUAAAAAAACUGUGUGUUCAAUGUAUUUUUCAAUAUUUUAAAAUAAUACAUUAAUAGCAAUGUUGGAGUGUAUUUUUGAAAUAAUAACAAAUCUUUUUGUAACUUAUAAUUAAAACAUUUUCACAUCAAA